UACACCGUUGACAUCCGAAAAAAUAAUCAUGCGCCACAAUGCUAACCAUGUCAGUUUACAACCAGAUUAGUACAAGACUUAUCAGCAACUUAACAGUCGAGUAUGAACAUAGGCUGUAGCAGCUUAGGCAUCAGCGAUUUCAUCCCAUGAUGCAUGCCAUGAGCUAUCUUGUGGCAACGUCCAUGGCAGUAGGAUUACUCCUCGGUGCCGUCUUCCCAACAGUCAAGGCAGCUUCAGGCAAUGCAACGGCGAGCCGGAACACGACGGCGUCGGCACUGACACCGUUCGGCACGAACCACACCGUCGGCGACGGUGCCGGGUGGCUGUUUGACGGCAAGGCGAAUGCCUCGGCGGCCAACUACUCGGCCUGGGCAGCCAACCGCACCUUCUACCUCGGCGACUACCUCAGCUUCAGGAUCCGCACGGAUAACACGGUCGUGCACACGACCAACGCUACGGUAUACAAGCUCUGCGGCUACGACGGUGGCACCAUCGGUGGCGGGUGGAAGGCAGAGGAGGCCUUCUUGACGGUGAUGCUAGCUGCGGAGGGCGCAAAUUACUUCUUCUCGGACGCCGGCGAGGGGGAGCACUGCCGGAGGGGGAUGCGGUUCGACGUCACCGUGGCGCGCGGCCGCGGCCUCCCACAAAUACCACCGUCGUACUACGAGCCGCUGUCCGGCGGGACGGCAGGGAGGGGGCCCGGCGAGGUGGUGCCCAUCUGGGUUGCUGUGAACGCUGCCUUUGCUGCUUUGCUGAUGCUGUGAAUGGUCUUCAUUUCCAUCAGGUGUUAACACCGCUUUUCCCCCCGUUGAGACGCCCGCAAGUUUUAAGUUUAGUUCUCGUACCUUGUACUCCCUCCGUUCCGAAUUACUCCCUCCGUAAACUAAUAUAAGAGCGUUUAGAUUAUUAUUUUAGUAAUCUAAAUACUCUUAUAUUAGUUUACAAAGGGAGUACUUGUCUUGGAUUUGUCUAGAUACGGAUGUAUCUAGACUUAUUUUAGUGCUAGAUACAUCCGUAUCUACACAAAUCUAAGACAAGUAAUUCGGAACGGAGGGAGUAAAAUUUAAAAUCUUAGUCGCCUAUAAAGUUGGUGGCCGAGGUCGACGACCAGAGAUGGGCAUCUCACGGCGCGGCGGCGGCGGAUGCAGCAAGAAGAAGACUUCAGCAUCUUCAAAAAUUUAUAUGUAUUUCUACAUUCUUGUAAAUGUGUGUUUGUAAGGAUAUGUGAUACUUAAUAUAUGACCU